CGAUGAGUAAUGUUGAAAUUCUCAAAGCUGGUGACGUUCAAUUUACAUCAGCCGGCACAGGAAUCACACAUUCUGAGUACAAUAUUCAUCCAACUCUUCCCGUUCAUUUUCUUCAAAUAUGGGUGAAGCCUGACAACCCAAAUCUUAAGCCAAGAUAUCAAACUAUGACCUUUUCUGAAUCUUCUAAAACGAAUAAUCUCGCACAUAUCAUCUCUCCGGUUGAUAAUAAUGAUAACUCUACUAUUGGCAUCAAUACAGAUUUUCAUAUGUAUGCCAGUUUAUUAGAACCAGGUCAUAAAGUUAUACAUACUGUACAGGGAACUGACAAGCCUAGAAGAGUUUAUGUUCAUCUUGCGGGUACUGGUGGAAAAUUAAGUGUUAAUGAAAAUACGAUAUUGCAACAAGGUGAUGGUGUGUUUAUUACCGAAGUUAAGCAGGGAGAUGAAAUUGUUUUUGAAUCUAUUGGUGACAAAACUGCAGAAUUCGUAGUUUUUGACUUAGCUUAA